AUGUCAGCCAAUUCAAACUUCUCAAAGAUUGCUAGAAACGGUUCUGCAAUAUCGGCAACCUCGUCCAACGCUGGGUCGGUUGAUUCUUCCUCACACAACCAUAUCUUCUCCCAAAUUCCUCCUUUCUCAACAUGGCUCCAAACUAUGUAUACUCAGAACCACAGACAUGAAAGCAUUGCCACAGGCGCCAUGCGGACAGGCAUGGCCGUAUUGACAAGAGAAAUGAUGGAGAUGCAUGUCCAUCAAGCUCCUGAUGUUCGUGGAAUGCUGGACUGUUUACCUGUGGCCAAGAAGCCGAACAUGGAAUUCAUCGGCUGGCGACAAAAACUUGGGACCUGGCCGUCAACGAGACGUGAAUUGUCUUUGCCCGAAGUACCUCAACGCCGCUUUACCUCUGUUUAG